ACAGGAGGGCGCGCGGGACAUCAGCACACCGGCCGGGUCAAGGAGCUGCAAAGAUGGAGAUCCGACCAGACAGGUUUAAGGCGGUCGCGGGCAAAACUUUGGGGAAAAUUCACAGGCUGAUUGAGAAACGGCAGCCAAAUGGAGAAACUAUUGAGCUGUCGGCGGAGGGUCGUCCUGAGCUGGUGGAGGAGAAGGAGCUGCCUGUGGUGGACUGCACCUGCUUCGGCCUGCCCCGGCGGUACAUCAUCGCCAUCCUGUCUGGCCUGGGCUUCUGCAUCUCCUUUGGCAUCAGGUGCAACCUAGGUGUGGCCAUUGUAAGCAUGGUCAAUGAUCAUACUGUCUACAAAGGCAACAAGGAAGUACUUGUGGCUGCACAGUUCACCUGGGAUCCAGAGACAGUGGGGAUGAUUCACGGCUCCUUCUUCUGGGGCUACAUCGUCACACAAAUCCCGGGUGGCUUUAUAUGUCAAAAAUUUGCAGCAAACAGAGUGUUCGGCUUUGCCAUCGUGGCCACAUCGACGCUCAACAUGCUGAUUCCAACUGCCGCUCGCUGCCAUUACAGCUGCGUCAUACUUGUCAGGAUAUGCCAGGGCCUUGUAGAGGGCGUAUCAUACCCAGCCUGUCAUGGGAUCUGGGCCAAGUGGGCACCUCCUCUUGAGCGAAGUCGAUUAGCCACGACAGCUUUUUGUGGAUCCUAUGCUGGGGCAGUGGUGGCCAUGCCUUUAGCUGGGAUACUAGUGCAAUACACUGGGUGGCCUUCUGUAUUUUAUGUCUAUGGCAGCUUUGGGAUAUUCUGGUAUUUGUUUUGGAUUCUGGUGUCAUACGAGAGUCCUGCAGCCCAUCCCACCAUCUCACCAGAGGAGAGGAAAUACAUUGAAGAUGCGAUCGGAGAGUCUGCAUCAUUUCUCAAUCCCCUUCAAAAAUUUAAAACCCCGUGGAGACACUUCUUCACCUCCAUGCCAGUCUAUGCCAUUAUUGUGGCCAACUUCUGCAGGAGCUGGACCUUCUACCUGCUGCUCAUCAGCCAGCCGGCCUACUUUGAAGAAGUCUUUGGCUUUGAGAUCAGCAAGGUGGGCAUAGUGUCAGCUUUGCCCCAUCUGGUGAUGACAAUCAUCGUGCCUAUUGGGGGCCAGUUGGCUGACUACUUGAGAACCCACAACCUGAUGUCCACCACCAACGUCAGGAAGCUCAUGAACUGUGGAGGUUUUGGGAUGGAAGCCACCCUCCUGCUGGUGGUGGGCUACUCUCACACAAAGGGUAUUGCCAUCUCCUUCUUGGUCCUGGCGGUGGGAUUCAGUGGAUUUGCUAUCUCAGGGUUUAAUGUCAAUCACUUGGAUAUCGCGCCUCGAUAUGCCAGCAUACUGAUGGGCAUUUCAAACGGAGUGGGAACGUUAUCUGGAAUGGUGUGUCCUCUCAUAGUUGGUGCCAUGACCAAACACAAGACGCGUGAGGAGUGGCAGUACGUCUUCCUUAUAGCCUCACUUGUUCAUUAUGGAGGAGUGGUUUUCUAUGGACUCUUUGCAUCAGGAGAAAAGCAGCCUUGGGCAGACAUAGAGGACACAAGUGAGGAGAAGUGCGGUAUAAUCGACGAGGAUGAACUGGCCAAUGAAACAGAAGAGAUGUACCGCGGAGGGGGGCAGUACGGAGCCAUAAGCCAAUCAGGGGCUGGUUUCAACGGUGGAGGAGGAGGAGGAGGUGGAGCAGGGUCAGGAUGGGUGACAGACUGGGAUAAGUCUGAGGAGUAUGUGCAGCCGCCCGGAUAUAACUCCUACAUGUACGGGGGAGAAGUAGAGAAGGAGCUCACAUAGAAGACUGACGUGACACAAGUUUUAAAAAAUAAUAUUAACAAGAUAAAAAAAAAUGAAAGAGGAAGUGUGUUUCUGGAGAACGACUGCAAGAGAGUCACUGAACAGACCUGCUGUGUGCUUCUUAAAAUUUACAACAGCACAUAUCAAAAGAGUGGAUCAGAUUCAUUCCACUGUAGGUGUGUGUGUUUGUGUGUGUGUGUGUGUGUGUGAGAGAGAGAGACAGUGUGCGUGUGCAAGCAUGUGCAUGCAGAGUGCUAAAUAUACACAAAAAAACUGAUUUCAACUUCAUCAGAACUCAUCUUACAUCCUCAUCCUGAUGCUCAUUGUGAU